CUUGUUUUUAAAACGUAAGGAAAGUCUCGCUUGUUCCGGUGUUGGCGUUGCGGACAGAGAUGGCGCCGCCUCCGAAGGCUCGGUUGGGAUGCGAAGUGGCGAGGAAAUGGAAAGCAACAGCUGCCCCCGGCUCGGCCUUGAAGCGUGCCGGUGUCGCGCCCGCACCACCCUGGCCCGGACACCCCCGCCGCAUUGGGCAGAUCCGCAGGACCGAGUGUCCUCCCCGUCCUCUCCCUCACCUGCCUCUUUUCCACGGCCGCCACGCAGAGGAGAGUGCCGAGCGUCCCCAUCUGGUUACCAUCAUACGGCCCAGUCAGAGUGCACUGCGGAAGGUGAGCGUGCUUUUGAACCGGAGGGGUGUGGUCUCCUUCGAGCAGCUGCUAUUGGACAUCUCAGAAGCGCUGGGCUUCCCUCGCUGGCACAGCUCCAGAGUGACACGCCUCUUCACCACCUUUGCCUGGGAGGUGAAGAGCAUUAGCGACUUCUUCCGCGGAGAUGUAGCCUUCCUGGCUCUGGGCAAAGCUCGCCCUGACCUGAGCAGCCUGCAGGAGGCGCUGGAGGAGCUGUUCCCUGAGAAUUCACGUUACCGAGCGGCGGCGCUGCUGGUCUGGGAGAAGAAACUCCGACCAGCGCCAGAUAAAGCAGCCAAAGCGGACAGCGGGUACAGCGAGGGGACCAACCGGAACAAGAAUCUGGGUGCAGAUCCAAGCGACACGCCUCCCUUUAGGAAUGGAGACACAGAGAAGGUAAAGAUGGCUACGUCCAGGAAAGCUGCUCGCCUGCCCAAUCAUCUACAGAGGCUGCAUGUGAGGGGCGGGAUCUGUGAGGCACCGCCACCUCUCGUUGGCCAAUUCAAGCAGCAACUGGAGCGAGAGACCGGAGACAAGCACUUCACUCCUCUGUGCGAGAGCUGCUUAUCAAGAAGACCCAAACAUCACAGCCCAGAAUGGAUCGACCCGCUUUCAGGAAGGGUCCCUCUUCCUCCAGUGUCCAGGAAGCAAAGAGGAAGUUCACCGCAGGCACAGGAAGUGAGGUGGAGAAGGCCUCCACUCCCGGGACUAGGGGAAGUCUCGGGUCUUCCCUCAGAGGGCAGUGAGGUCUCCCAGGCAGACAUCGAGCGCCUCUACGACAUCGGCCGGCAGGUGGGAGACGGCAACUUCGCCGUAGUGCACGAGUGCCGCCGCCGCCUCGACAGGCAGACUUUGGCCGUGAAGAUCGUAGAGCGCUCGCGGCUGGUGGGCAGGGAGCACAUGCUGCAGAAUGAGCUGUGCCUGCUGGGCAGCCUGCGCCACCCCCGCAUCGUGCGGCUGCUGGCCCACCAUCACACGCUGGCCCACACCUACCUGGUCAUGGAGCUGGCCAGCGGCGGCGACCUCUUUGAGGCCAUCAGCCAGCGAGGGAGCUUCCCAGAGGCCGAGGCCGGACUGAUGGUCUCGGACAUGAGCGAGGCGCUGAAGUACAUCCACCGUAGGAGCGUCGUGCACCGGGAUCUCAAACCAGAGAACCUGCUGAUUGUCCACGCCGCCGCAGGCAUCACCAGACUCAAGCUGGCAGACUUUGGUCUCGCCAUGAUCGUGACCGAGCCCGUCUUCACCAUAUGUGGCACGCCCACUUACGUCGCACCAGAGGUUCUCUCUGAGACAGGCUACAGUGUGGAGGUGGACAUGUGGGCUCUUGGUGUCAUCCUCUACAUUCUUUUGUGCGGCUUCGCCCCGUUUCGAAGUCGAGAGCGUAACCAAGAGGAGCUGUUUCAGAUCAUCAAACAAGCGCAGCUCCAUUUCCUGCCCCCCUAUUGGGACACCAUUUCAGCAGAAGCCAAAGACCUCGUCACUGGACUUCUCCAGUCGGAUCCUGCAGCCAGGAUGACAGCUGAGCAAAGCCUGCAGCAUCCUUGGCUGAGGGCUAUGGCGUUGCGCUGCCAGCAGAGGGCACUCCGGUGCAAAGAUGACAUGAGCACAGACUGUACAGAAGAAGAACUCAGUCGACACACCGAUGCGGCCCAUAAGAGUCCAGUGGACUACGUGACACAGCAGCUAACAGAGACCCACUCAACUGGGAGGCAGGCUUCUCAGGCCAGUCCUGCCCACGCCCACUGCAGCGACCACCCUCCAAUCAAAACAACCAAUCAGCCCACACGACCACUGAUCAAUUCCAGCCCCGAUCAGGUCAGCAUCCGACGCCCGACACAACUUCAGCUUUCUUCACCCAAGGAAAUAUUGAGAAAGUGGAAUUGAAAUUACAGCCAAUGCAGGUUUUGGUCCACAUUCCUGUUCAGGAAGGAGGCGAAAAGCAGGAAACAUGAGCAGCAAACUACAGUGGCUGACAAAGAAGAACACGCAACGACGACCAAAUGCUCCAAACACACAAGUGAUCCUAACAGAGCUAAAGGCUGAUUUAAAGACGGACAUCCCCCACAUCUGGCGCCUCUGCUGGCAUGGCCAACUUCCUGCACGUCUGGCUAACUGCUUUGCCAACGCCUGUAAAGCUAUGAUGUAACAAAACAUACGCAAUGAAACACUGUACUUUCUGUAUCUUCGAUGUGUUUUAUUGAUUAGGAAUGCUUUAAGGCUGUUAUGACUAAACAUUUCACUGCCACUUUGAAGUUAUUGUUAACGCGACAUUUAGUCAAAUACUGCAUGCAUGUCAUCCCUACACACACAGAUAUGUAGUACUGUGUAGUACGUUGGCUGAGUAGGAAGAAGCAGAGUUUAUUUAAUUCUACUCCUUCUCUGUGGUUUUUAAUAAUAAAAGGACAAAGAUGUGUAAUGGGAGUAAGAGGCAUUGGGUAAUAAAUGAGUACAGAAUGUGUAAUAAUACUACAGCCCGACCGAUAUAGGAUAUUAAAAGCCUGUAUCCGAUAUAUCUGCUGAUAUCUGAUAUAUUUGCCGACAACCGAUAUAUCGGCCAAUAUACAAAAUAAGAGGACUGAUAUAUACAGGAUACUGUAUAUACCUGUACUGUACGAUAACCGAUAUAUCGGCCGAUAUUUGAAAUAAGAGCAUUGAUGUACGUAGGAUAUAUACUGUACAUGAACAUAAAUCGCCAACAUUUUUUUGAGAACAUUUUUUUGAUUAAUUAUUGUCAUGAGAGUAACUCACAUUUGAACCACUAGAUGGUACUCCAGUACAGUGUACCUGUGUGAGCCACAUUAGCUUGACACAGAAGUUGCCUGUAUGUGUGUUGUUAAAAUUUUAUGCCAUAUAUGUCAUAUAACCGUAUUGAAUGGUUGCAUUUCUUUUGCAAUGUAG